GAUUCGCUAUAGAUUCCCUGUUUCUCACAUCCCACCCCGAGCCACUCUAAGUAUCAACACUAGACAGACUUUUAAGCUGUAACUUGGGAUCGGACUGGCUGUUGAAAAGCCUCUCCGCGGAGUCAGUCUCCUCAGUGGUCUGGACAAACGUGGUGUGGAAUCUGCAGCGAGGAAUCGUGAAGCACCGAGGAGCCGGCAGCUUUGAAGGUCUUCCCGCGGCGCGUGGCGGGCUUCAACCCACUGUUUAAAUACAAACGGUCGACUCGAGGGGUGCGCGGAGGUGGAAGCGUCCGGCCGCAGCGACUAGCUGCUGGAGGCUGGGCUACGGUGGCUAUCUCUGGUCGCAUAUGCUACCUCCUCUUCUCCCUGCUGUGUGGGGCCAGAGGCCUUCGGGGGCCCUCUUCUUUGCUCGGCGGCUGCUGGGGACGCUGGCGAGAGUGUGCCCCAGGUUAAGCAGGGGAAGCCUCUUUCUGCUGCCCUUACCGAAACCACGGGCGGGAGCGAAUGAUCAGAUCCAACCUGUACUUGUAUCUUACUCUUCUUCAAAAUAUUUAUUCUGCUGGUACUGAAGAGGAUGUGUUCCAAGGACAUACUUUGUUGUCAGAAAAUCCAUUAUCAGAGGAGCUUCAUUCCCAGAGGAUUCAUUAUUCAAGGUGAAAAAUUAGAUUAUUUUAAAAGCUGGAGCUGAAUGUUAUGUUAAAUAAUGGCAACAGGUGACCUAAAAAGAAGCUUACGGAACCUAGAACAAGUGCUUCGCUCACUAAAUUAUCCUCAAGAGGUGGAUUGUGUUGGUUUGGUAAAGGGAGAUACAGCAGCAUCUUUGCCCAUCAUCAGCUAUUCCCUUACCUCAUAUUCACCUUAUGUAGCAGAACUUCUGAUGGAAUCCAAUAUAGAGCUCAUAGCAAAGAAUGACUUGCGCUUUAUAGACACUGUCUAUAAGCUUCUUCGUGAUCAAUUUAAUUAUAAACCAAUCUUGACAAAAAAGCAGUUUCUCCAAUGUGGAUUUGCAGAAUGGAAAAUCCAAAUUAUUUGUGAUAUUUUGAAUUGUGUGAUGAAAAAGCACAAGGAAUUGAGUAGUCUUGAGAAGAUUCCAUCACAACAAAGAAAGAAAAUCAGUUCUGUUAAGUCAGAACCUUCUUCAAGCACUGAGAAGACAUCUACAGAACCUUUUGGCAUUGACAUCACUGGCAGGUUUAUGACUUCAGGAAAGAAAAAAGCUGUGGUGAUCCGUCACCUGUAUAAUGAAGGUGGUGUUAACAUUCCCGAAGACACGAUAAGUACUGUAACAGAUGUUAGUGAAGCAUUUGAUGUGUGUGCCAUAAACACUACUGCAGUAACGGUUCCUGAAGUAAAGUUCCCUGAAAUCAAGUCUGAACAACAAGAUGUUAAAAUUAGUCCUGAGAUUACUGCAUUACAGACUAUGCUUGCUGAAUGCCAAGAAAAGCUUCAGAAACUGACUUUGGUAGAGAGUAGAUUAGACUCUUUGGAAGAAAAAAUGAAAGGAAAAGUGAUGGUAAAUGAAAAAACCUGGACUAAUCUUCUAAGUCGUGUCACUCUUCUUGAAACAGAAAUGCUUUUGUCUAAAAAGAAUAAUGAAUAUAUAAACUUAAGUGAAAUGAAUGAAGACUAUGAAUCUAGUAAUGACAUGGAUAUUCUGAAUCCUGGUAGAGAAAGCAAAGCAGAGAGGCAAACAAGUAUUCCUCUAUCCUCUGGCUAUAGUACAGUGUCAUCGGAUUCAACUCCCAGAACCUCAACUGGUAGUUACUGUGGUUUGAAAGAGAAUUCAGAGGAAACAACAAUCCAGAAAAUGGAAAGGAUGAAAAAAAUGUUUGAAGAAACCGCAGAGUUACUGAAAUGUCCAAAUCACUAAUUAUAGAAUUUUCUGUGUGAACUUCUCUAGGACUUUGACUACUGCACAUGUUGUAUAUUUCAAGAAUUCUCUAUAAAUUUUAACAUACUGCAAUAUUUUUAUGAAGAAUUUGAAUUCUAUUUGGUAUGAGUUGUUUCAAUAUUGAAUAAAUACUUACUUUUAUGCUAUGAUUACAUUUCUUUACUCUGUUUUACUU